ACAACGGGCGUCGCCGGCGCCGUGUGACUUCGGGCUGUGGACUCGCUCGCGGCUCUUCGGCCAUGGUUUUCUCAAACAAUGAUGAAGGCCUUAUUAACAAAAAGUUACCCAAAGAACUUCUCUUAAGAAUAUUUUCCUUCUUGGAUAUUGUAACUUUGUGCCGAUGUGCACAGAUUUCCAAGGCUUGGAACAUCUUAGCCCUGGAUGGAAGCAACUGGCAAAGAAUAGAUCUUUUUAACUUUCAAACAGAUGUAGAGGGUCGAGUGGUGGAAAAUAUCUCGAAGCGAUGUGGUGGAUUCCUGAGGAAGCUCAGCUUGCGAGGCUGCAUUGGUGUUGGGGAUUCUUCCUUGAAGACCUUUGCACAGAACUGCCGAAACAUUGAACAUUUAAAUCUCAAUGGGUGCACAAAAAUCACUGACAGCACGUGUUAUAGCCUUAGCAGAUUCUGUUCCAAGCUGAAACACAUUCAGAAUUACUGCCAUGAGCUCGUGAGCCUCAACUUACAGUCCUGCUCACGCAUCACAGAUGAAGGUGUGGUGCAGAUAUGCAGGGGCUGCCACCGGCUGCAGGCCCUCUGCCUUUCGGGCUGCAGCAACCUCACAGAUGCCUCUCUUACCGCCCUGGGUUUGAACUGCCCGAGACUGCAAAUUUUGGAGGCUGCACGAUGCUCCCAUUUGACUGAUGCAGGCUUUACACUUUUAGCUCGGAAUUGCCAUGACCUGGAGAAGAUGGAUCUUGAAGAAUGCAUCCUGAUAACCGACAGCACACUCAUCCAGCUCUCCAUUCACUGUCCUAAACUGCAAGCCUUGAGCCUGUCCCACUGUGAGCUCAUCACAGACGACGGGAUCCUGCACCUGAGCAACAGCACCUGUGGCCAUGAGCGGCUGCGGGUACUGGAGUUGGACAACUGCCUCCUCAUCACUGACGUGGCCCUGGAACACCUAGAGAACUGCCGGGGCCUGGAGCGUCUCGAGCUGUAUGACUGCCAGCAGGUUACCCGUGCAGGAAUCAAGCGGAUGCGGGCUCAGCUCCCUCACGUCAAAGUCCAUGCCUACUUUGCUCCCGUCACCCCACCAACAGCAGUGGCAGGGAGUGGACAGCGACUGUGCAGGUGCUGUGUCAUUCUCUGACAGCAGCUGCCCAGGCCCAGGGGUGACGGGGCAUCCCUUCCUCCAGAGAAGACCUGAGUCUUCCAGCCUGCUCCGUCACCCAGAUCUGUUGACUCUGCAUUGGGAAAGGCAUUUACAGGUAAAAGACUUCUGUAUGGAUUGCAGUAACUCUGGGGGUUUUCACCUUUAUUCUGCUGUGAUACAAUCAAAUCGAAGCCUUGUGUCAGUUAACAUGUGGCAAGUGGUCUCAGUGCAGCCAAGACCAUGCCAGAAACCUGGAUUUCAGAGGUGGGUACCUACCUAGGCACAAAAGUCCUACCCUUGGCUUUAUCAGCAUUCCUCAAACAGACCAUCAGUGUUAGCACAAAUUGAGCAGAAAAAAUAAGCUGUUGAUUUUCUACCUGAUAUUUAAGCCAGUGGCCUACUUUAAUUCACAAUGAUUCCAUUUUGAUUAGCAGGACUUUUCCACUUUGAAGAUUAAAUAGCAACUUUUUCAAAGUGACUGUACUGCAAAUUCAUAAUGCCUGAUAGUUUUGUAUGUAGAGACUUAUGUGGAAGGCAUGUUAAUAGGUUUCCAUGACACCAAAGAAAAGAGGACUCCAAACUGGGUGGAGCAGGGUCUUCACCUUUCUGUUUCUGUUAGCUUGUCACAUACACCUCCAGGGACCAAAAACUAAACAAAAGCAACUCAGAGUUUAUGUUGCCUGAUUGGAAAUUAGAAGCUCUGGCAUAUGCUACAAACAUAAUGCAUUUCUGUUAAAGGAAAAAAGCUAAUUAUGUCCACACCUCUCACAAAAUUGGGGGGACCAUAAAGAAACAGAAUUAAGGCUUAAGUUACCUAUAAUAUAAGCAAUUAAAAAUAAUGAAUGGAUGCAUGUAGAAUGGAUGUGGUUUUCUUCAAGUUUAUUUUAAAAUCUUAGAAAGCAGAUUAUACCAGAACUAUUCAAAAAUUUUACACACUUAAAAUUCAGAUCAGUAAAGUGUUGGCACCUUUUAGACUCAUAAUGUAAAACUGAAUAAACCAUUGCAAUGCUUACAAAAUUAAGUCAGAGGGUUUUAUUGCUAUGAUUUUAUGGCAGACAAAUCCAAGCAAAACCAUUUUCUAAAUUCAGACCUUUCUAAUGUUAUCUGGAAUCUGAUUGAGAUGACCUAUUUUCUGCUGUGGCUGAUUCUUGCUCUGUGUCCACGUUUGUGAUCUUUAUUGAAGAUUAAGAACCUGUCACCACCUUCAUUGAGAGCUUGGGUGUUAAAUGGUAGCUGACCCUUCCUAGCAACCACUCCCCAAACUGAAG